CACUGCUGCGGGCAACCGGCUGCUGCGUUUCGCCCACAUAUGGAGCAGCCAAAUGUCCGCCUUUGGGUAAAAUAUGAAACCUUCAUUGUUGGGGUCUUACAAAUCCCACCUCCUUCAAAAUUCAGCAUGCACUACCUUCGAAAGAUGGCAACGUACGUUCGAACAAAGACAGCAGAUGGGAGCUAUCCCAGACUCUCUUGGCUCAUGUGGAGACACAUUGCUUGUGGAAAGUUGCAGUUGGCUGAGAAUUUGGCCUGGAUGUAUUUUGAAACCUUUGAUAGCCUUCUUGACAAAACUGCGGAGGAAAGGCUGGAGUGGGCUGAAGCUGCGUCUCAUUGCAGGUCGCAUGAGGAAAUUGAAAAACUGAGAAACAAGCUAUCAGUGGACACACUCCAGUUCCUGUUGUUUCUGUAUGUCCAGCAGCUGAACAAGGUUUCUUUGAGGACAUCUCUGAUUGGAGAGGAGUGGCCAAGCCCCAGGUCACGAUCACCUGAUCUGGAUAGGAAAUCAGGAUCUCAAAACAAGAACACGGAUGACCACAAUCAUCUGGCUUUCAUUCUGAACCACUUGUCAGAAUUGUUGGAGCUCCUGCUAGACCCUGAGCAGCUCACCGCUUCCGCCCACUCUACCCAUGAGAGCUUAAUCUCUGUCGAAGCAGUUAAAGCACUGAGCUUUCUCAUGGAAGGAACUAUCAACCAAAAUGGAAUUGUUUAUCCUGUGCAUGAACUGGCUCUCUGGCAACCAAUUCUGGCCACAUGUGGUUACUCCAAACUCUCAAAAAUGUUUUCUUUCUACAAGCUACAAGCCUGGCUGAAAAGUGUUUUAGGAUCUAAUCCAUUUGGCAGCGCAGUCUGCCUCCAAAAAGGAAAGAAGCUAGCAUGGGCACAGCAAGUUGAAGGGACAACAAAGCGGGCAAAGAUUGCAUGUAAUACUUACACAGCACCCAAAGGCCACAAGGUGGUGGUAAUGACACAAGUGUACAAGCAAACCCUGGCAAAGAGCUCAGAUCAGCUGAAUGGGGCUCAUGUUAAAAUUCAUCGCUGCAACGACUCCUAUAUAUACCUGUUAUCUCCUUUAAGGUCUGUCAGCAUUGAGAAGUGCAGGAACAGCACAUUUGUCCUUGGUCCUGUGCAGACUUCCAUCCACAUCCAUAGCUGUGACAAUGUGAAAAUAAUAGCUAUCUGUCACAGACUUUCAACCUCAUCGUCAACAUUGUGCACUUUCCACUGUCUCACGCCUACCUAUCCUCUCAUCAUGUCUGGGAACACAAGCCUAAUAUUUGGCCCUUACCACACUUAUUAUCCAAUGUUGGAGGAUCACAUGGCUCGGACGGGCAUAGCCACUUUGCCCAACUAUUGGGAUAAACCAAUGUGUAUUGGUCUGGACAACUGUGAAACCCCUGUCUAUCAGCUGCUGUCUCCGAAGGAAUUUUAUGUGUUUGUGAUUCCAUUUGAGAUGGAAGGAGACACCACAGAGAUCCCUGGAGGUCUGCCGCCACAAUAUGAAAAAGCUAAGAGACACAGGGAGCAGAAAAUCCAGAUCUGGCAGAAAACCGUGAAGGAAGCAGGGCUCAGCAAAGAACAACGCAAGCAGUUUCAGAACCUGGUGGAGCAGCAGUUCCGAGAGUGGCUGGCACUCACCGGGCAUCGGCAGCAGCUAGACAGUCUUAUCCCUGCUCCUACCUCUCCAAAACAAGCUGCAGCUUGAUCAUCCAUUGGCUUUAGAAGAAUCAUCUAUUGGAGCUCUUUCAAAUGCAUAUUUCAUGUAAUUUUUUUGUGGCUACAUAACUUAGGUGGAUUUGAGCUCUUGAUGAAAUAUGUGCUUUGAAUGGAAGUUAUUAAACCUAAAAUAAAAUUUCCAAGUGUAUGAUACGUCAUAUAGCAAAGUCCUAGACUUGGUUUAGUGACAUUCAGUGACACUCGUUUGAGCCAUUAAACAUGAACUAUGAUUUAUUUGUUCGUUGAUCAACUUCACUUUUGUUUUCAACACCAAUAAUUGGUACGAGAAGUUAAUAUAAAUUAUUUUUUUAUUCAUACUGUACAAUUAUUAAUUGCACAGCUCUAUUUAAAAUAAAAUUAACUUUGCAGUUUCUGAGUUGGUGUACAUUCAUCAUGAGUCUUAAUUAAACAACUAAUUCUGGGUCUUUGCUUGUAGAUAUGGAAGGGAAAGUAGAAAUAUUUUAUUUGCUCAACAGUAAGUGUAACAGUGUAGAUUAGCUUCUUCCUGUGCAGUGUGAAGUUUGUUCUGGACUGGACUCACACUUAGGGUAAAUGGUUUGCUGUGCUGCCCCUGUGCUGCUCCAUUUCCUUGGCGGAAUGUGGGAUUGUCACAUUUGCAGUUGCUUCAGAUGUGUGGGGAUCUAAUGUGUAUGGUUAUAAUGGCAACACAGUGUAAAUAUACUUUUCAGAAAGUGAAUCCAA